AUCAAAAGAAACACCGGCAGAGAAAGCGAGCCUAGUGCGACUUCACCAAGGCACAGCUUUACCACGGUCCUUACCAAGGCACACCAGCAUACCGACACAAUGAUACAAACACGACCGCGGCGGCUCAACCACUACAGUUGCGACGACACUCGACACAACCUGACCAGUGACCGGUCAACCAAGCCCCAAGUAGGGUGA